AUGGCUUCGAUUUCUUUCCCCCCGCAAUCUCGUCCGGGGUUUCCUCAACAUUUCGAUUCAGCGCUUGCCGAUCCGGAGCAUAACCGUCGUCUGACAAUGCCUCCGUUGCCAAACCCACCAUUUGUGUUCCCGGCUCGAGAUCCGGAUGCUUCAGUCUCCAGCCCGGCAGAGACAGAACGCCGAACGCCUCCGGCUUUGCCGGCCUUUUCGUUUAACCCGGGAGCCGAUCAGUCUUUACAACCAACACCGCCAGCACAUGUACCAAGCCGACCAGGUGGACAUCGUCGACGACCGAGUGAAUUUGUUGGGGAUAAUCAGUUGGUGACACCAGCAUCAGGGGAUGCGGAUAAGCGGGAAGAACCGACGACUUCGACACAGCCGAGUGCUCCAACACCUGGUCCCCCAAGAGGUCCAGGACGACGCCAUCAUGCUCAUCGUCGCUCUCAAGCAGUUUCCGGAGUCGAUAUGCUCGCCAUUCAAAAAGCUCUUGCGACCAACCCAGGGGCCGGGAGUGCGCCAAAUACGCCGGGUGAUCCAUUGUUAGAUAAGGGACGUGAAGAUAUCUCUAGACCACUUUCCUACUCAGCUGGAAGUCUCGGUCGUCCAACACCUCCUGCAUCUCCUCAAUUUCCGCCUUCGUCUUCUAUUCCACCAGUUCCACCAAUUCCCGCUUCCAUUCAUCUCGAAUCGGCUCCGAUUAACGAUAAUCUCGAUAACGGCCGACCUGUCUCUGCAGUCUUUCACGAGACGCCUGAAAGCCCUGCAACUGCUCAAUUCCAACACCCGCAGAUUCCAACACCCCCAGCAGAGACGAGAUCGCCACACCAUCGCAAAUCGAAGCCUCGACCGAAGACUGCGGAUGCGUCUUUAGCUUUCGAUUUCAUGCAAGCCCAGAACACACCGGAUGUGCCUAAUGUCAAACGCUCCAAGUCAACGGGGCAUCCUCGCUCGGGUAAGAGCAAAUCAGUUGCAGAUGUUACUGCUACGCUAGCAAACGCGACCCACGAAGGUGACGAUGCUCACUCGACCGACACUUCUCGACCUUCUGGCACUUACUCUGAUGAUGGAUCCGAAGCGUCGAUUGACAUCGACCAUGAGUACGACAGCUCUUCACCUAAGAAGUCAUCUAAAUCCAAAAAGAAGCAGAAGCGUGUCCGUUCGUGGGCUGGUGCCAUCCUGACUCGCAAGGGAAAGCGCCAUGAUAAGCAUGAAGGUGAAAAUCUUGAAGUUCCAGCGAAGGAGAAGUGCAAGGAGAAGGCACGAAAGCUGCCGCCUGCCUUGACACCUCCAACUCUUACACGCACCAAUUCGGAGGCUGGCUCGGUUAUGGAGGUCGAUUUUGAUAAUGACGACGUUCUGGUGAUCCGAACGCCUACAAAUCCCGAAGGACCUGUGUCAGAUGCCGAUAAGGGACAAGAUGAUCGCCUUAUUCCUCCCGUUCCUUCUCUUGAGACAUCGUGGAAGCCGAGAAGCUUCUAUGAGCAAACAGCACAGGAUGAUGUCCUCAGCAGUCCCAUCAUUGAUCUUGAUGCUGCUCUUGGUCCAUUCAAUACCCCUGAUAUGCGGCCUUCUCGGGGAAACCUGAGCAAAUUUACCGUGGCAACACAGCGCAUGUACAGCGGUGGCCGACGAGGCGAGUUUGUUGGUCCGGAGAUGCGGUACCACCGUCGCACUGAAAGUGCUCCAGUCAUGCAGCCCUUUGAUCGCAGCAUCCUCACUGCAAUCCGUUUGGGAGGAAAUGGGUCGGAAACUCCAGAUGUUUUUGAUGAGGAAGAAGAGGAUGAAUUUUUGGCUGCGAACCAGUCCCCCAGGAAUGAGCGAGCGCCUCCUUUCGAGACUCCAGUUGAAAUCCCUGUCACUCAACCUCAACCUCAAGCCCCUGCAGAUGUUGAGAAGUCAACAGAGUCUAUCAAGAGCGCCAAUAGUGUCGAAACACUAACCGGAGCGCCUGAACCACAGCCCGAGGGUCUUGGAAUCCAGUCGACUGAAGAAUCUGUCAAUACGGAGGAAGCUCCUAUUGCUAUUGAACAUGACACCACUGAUUCUAUUCAACACCUCGAUAACCCGUUCUCUGCACCAUUCUCUGUGCCGCCCCGCGACUCCUCAGAGAAUUUCCAGUCGGAGGAUAUUGGCCCCAAACAACUGGACCCUCCCAGUCCCGAUAUGUCCCCUCGCUACCUGGCUGUUGAUAAGCGACCAUCUACGUCCCCCAACCAGCUACUGCCCAGCAUCCCGCCUUUUUCACUUUCAGCCGGUGUUUCGCCCUCGGAAUCUUCAUUCCCGUCGCCAGAUGGGCCACGAUUCUCUGAUCGCAACUUCUCAAGUCAUUCUUACCACCAUCUGCCUUCUGAUUAUCCAUAUGCCUCAGUGGAAGAUGUUCCAUCUUUGACUAGCAGCGCAUCCACCAUGACCACUGCCCACCGAUUCUCUGCGACAUUCUUCCCUCGCGGUCGUCUUUCAACUGACCGAGCUGCAUCUUUCUCGGCAGCUGUGAACCGUCGUAGCAGCCAGGCAAACUCUUCCAAAAGGUCUAGCCUGGCUAGCUUGUCCAAGUUGGUCGGUGGCCAGCAUUCGGAGCGAAGCAAACUCCACCAGGAAGAGAAGCCUCCAGGAGAAGGCUACGACAACUCCAAGAAAAAGAGUCGUCGCAUCAGUCGCCUGAUGCAUUUCUGGAAAGGUAAAGACAAGGAGAGGACUAUCACCGAGCCGUCCAUCCCUGAACGGCCGGUAUAA